AUGGCGUCUAAUAAGUAUACUGAAAGAGGAGUAAUAAAUUCUUUACCAUAUUCAGGUGAACAAGGCACAACUACUAGUUUAACGUUCGGUGAUAUUCGAUAUCGAAAAUCAAAACACCCAUACAAAGACUUUCAAGAAACUCAGAUAUAUGAUUUGCAGGAGGAACCCUAUAGAAAAUCCACCAAAACAGUUCUUGGUCUGCCUCGUCGCGAUGCACGAAUAAUAGCAGGACUCAUGUUAUUAGCAUCCAUUGUGCGCUUAUAUCGAAUAUCAGAGCCAACUUCUGUAGUAUUUGACGAAGUACAUUUUGGUGGAUUUGCGAGUAAAUACAUUAAAGGAAGAUUUUUCAUGGAUGUGCAUCCACCAUUGGCAAAGUUGCUCAUUACGCUUGCCGGUGUAAUUGGUGGUUUUGAUGGAAAUUUCGAUUUCAAGGAAAUCGGAAAAGAUUAUCUUGAGCCUAAGGUUCCGUAUGUAACAAUGCGAUUAAUGCCCGGAAUACUUGGGAUAUUUGUUAUCCCAAUUUCAUAUUUGACUAUUAAAUUAGCAGGAUUUUCUACGAUUUCUGCAUCAUUGGUCGCUACUUUACUCAUUUUUGAAAAUGGAUUAGUUGCGCAAAGUCGCCUUAUAUUGUUGGAUUCUCCCUUAAUAUUAUUUACCGCAUUCACCGUGUUGAUGUGGGUGAAUUUUCAUAAUCAUUACCGAAGGCCAUUUUCCUUCUGGUGGUGGUUUUGGAUGGCGAUGACUGGAGUAGGUCUUGGGCUUACAGUAAGUGUAAAAUGGGUUGGUCUUUUUACAAUCGCUCUUAUUGGAUUAUCUACUAUUAAAGGUUUAUGGGAUUUACUUGGAGACUUAAGAAUUAGUCCCGAAGUAUGGGCCAAACAUUUUUUAGCCCGUGCUCUAUGCCUGAUUUUGAUUCCGACCGUUAUCUAUAUGUUUAUGUUUGCAAUUCAUUUUCUGAUUCUUACGAAUAGUGGAGAUGGAGAUGGAUUCAUGAGUUCUGAAUUUCAACAAACUAUCGGAGGCCACGGAAUGGAUGAUACUCCUAUAGAUAUUGCUUAUGGAUCGAAAAUCACAAUUAGACAUCUUAACACUCAAGGAGGAUAUUUACAUUCUCAUGACCAUAGUUAUCCUGGAGGAAGCAAACAGCAACAAAUAACCUUAUAUCCGCACAAAGAUGAAAAUAAUCUGUGGAUAAUUAAUAAUAAAACUAAACCGGAAAUACCGUUCGACGAGCAAGAUCCAAUAUGGAUUGAAAAUGGUGCGAUAAUUAGAUUAGAACACAUUACUACAAAUAAAAGAUUGCAUAGUCAUGAAGUUAGACCUCCUGUUACCGAUGUCGAUUACCAAAAUGAAGUCAGUGGCUAUGGCUUCCCUGGCUUCGAAGGUGAUGAUAAUGAUUUUUGGCGUGUUGAAAUCUUUGAUCACGAGAAAUCUGAUCCGAAAUCAGGCGAGCGUCUACGCACGCUUCAUACCAAAUUUCGGCUCGUUCAUGUAUUGACUGGAUGUUACCUAUUUUCUCACAGUGUCAAACUCCCCGAAUGGGGUUUUGAGCAACAAGAAGUCACUUGUGUAAAAGGAGGUUCUGUACCAAAAACUAUUUGGUACAUUGAGACGAAUUCACAUCCCACAUUGCCACUUGAUGCUGAAACGGUUAAUUAUCGAAAACUCGGAUUUUUUGGCAAGUUCUUUGAAUUACAACGUGUAAUGUGGACAACGAAUAAUGGUCUCACAGACUCUCAUCCGUACGAAUCACGUCCACUUUCGUGGUUAUUGAUGAAGCGUGGAAUUAGUUUCUGGGGCCAAGACCAUCACCAUAUUUAUUUAAUAGGAAACCCGAUUAUUUGGUGGAGUUCAACUGCAGCCUUAGCCAUCUUUGUUGCCAUAGAGAUUAUUAUAUUAUUGAGAGCUAAGCGAGGAUAUUUAGAUCAUCUAAAUGUUACCAAGGAAUUUUACGAAUCUCACGCCAGUUUCCUAUUUAUUGGCUGGUUCUUGCAUUGGUUCCCGUUCAUUCUUAUGUCCCGACAAUUAUUUCUUCACCACUACUUUCCAGCUCUUUACUUUGCAAUUCUCUUAUUUGGGGUAGUGUUCGAUUUCUUCACCACCCCAUUAAGUACUCGAAAACGUGCUUCGGUGGCUUUAAUUUAUCUCGUAAUGGUACUCUACGUGUUUAGACUUUUCUCGCCGUUGACUUAUGGCCGGCCGUGGAUAAAAAGCGAUUGCAAUAGUCUAAAAUGGAUAAGCACAUGGGAUUUCGAUUGUAAUCAAUUCUAUAAUUCAUAUGACCAGUUCAGUAUCGACGCAGAUUUGAAGGCACUUAAGAUUUCUCCCACUGGAGAAUCAUCAUCUUUGACGGUAUUAAAUUCUCCGGAUUCGAGCGAAAAAUCGGAAGCUGCUGAAACUCACGCAAUGCAGGAUGAUUCUAAUGAUGCUCUUAUGCUGUAG